GUCAAGCAUUCUGUGUUUUGUUUCUGUCACGAAGAGAGAGUCAGUCAUGGCUGCUUCCGUGGUUCGGUGGCUAAAACGAUUGUACGUUUUCGUGUUGACAUGUCCCCUCUGUGUCGCUGGCUUCUUAAAUCUGGAAGAGCUGAAUGAAAUGAAAUAUGGCAUUAAAAUUCUUCCCGACCCCGUCAUGUUGGGCCAGACCAAGACAGAGGAGGUGAUGAUCGUGUCCAGCAAGUACAAGCAGAUGUAUGAGUGUCGACUUCCAGCCCAGGCCGUCCGCUUCCAUCAGGACGCUGCGUCUGAGCCGGACUCACGAGGGUACUCUGGGCCAGACAUUCCUGACCUACUCAGUCCAAUGCAAAGUGCUGAGUGUCUAGUGAAGACGAAGGACUGGUGGACAUACGAGUUCUGCCAUGGUCAGCAUAUCCGACAGUACCACCUGGAAGACACAGAAAUCAAAGGGGACAUUCUCUUCCUAGGUCAUUAUGAAUCUGAAUUUGAUUGGAGCAAUGAAACAGCAAAGGCCUCAAAACAGCACCGGCUGAAACGCUACCACAGUCAGACCUACGUAAAUGGCUCAAAGUGUGACCUAAAUGGAACUCCCAGAGAGACUGAAGUCCGGUUUGUGUGCGAAGAAAGCUCAGCGGACUACAUUGCCCGGGUGGACGAGCCUCAGUCGUGCCGCUACGUGCUGACCGUUCACACCAGUCGUACUUGCCAGCAUCCGUCCCUGCGGCCGCCGUCCAGUGCCAAACCGCAGAGUAUCGUGUGCCAGCCAGCACUAAGUGCCCAACAGUACAUGGAUUACGUCAAGGCUCAAGUCUCGGACACAAAGCGUAAAGUAGAGCAGAUCUCCGAGGAGCUGAGGAGUCUUGAUGAGAUGUUGGCUGGUAAAAAAGGGUCGGAUGGUGCAGUGGAAGUGACUGCAGAAGAGACAUCGUCUGCACCCGGUGAUGACCUGAACCACUCGGAUGCUGAAGCAGAUAAUAAUGGUUUGUCUGAAGACGUGGGGUCAGAGGAGGCAGAAGAUACUGACUUCUGGGAAGGAGUCACAAAGCCCAGGGGUUCAAAAACAACUGAUUCUCCGCAGGAUAACCGGGGCGAAGACGAUGGCUAUAACUCACAUCCAGACAAUGAAGUCUUUGACGAUGGGGAUGAAGUGGAAAAAUUUAACUUUAAAAUCAUCACUGACCCAGCAGACCUGAUGAAAUUUGUCCAACAUCUCAAAGAGAGUAACCGGAAGAAAGCACAAAACCAGGGCAAAAGUCGAGGAGACAAACCGAUAAGCGGCAGUGUAACAGAGAAGCUUGACGAGGAAGAGAAAGAUGAAGAUGAAGAGCUACUGCAAGAGUUUGAGGAUGAGAUGGCAGACCUCUCUGUGACUUCUGAUAAGAUUGAAGAGAUCAAGGAAGAAAUGCAGAAGGAGUUUGACAACAUCAUAAAUGAGGCUCAGCAGGAAUUGGAGACAGAAGGGCUGAAAGGGGAGUUUGAUCGCACACAAGCAACACAGACACUGGAGACCACGCUGGACAAGCUACUCGAUCAUUUGGAGGAGAAAGACGUCCAGGACCCAGAGCAACAAACGGCGGGCGUUCAAAGAGCCAGUGACCCCACCAGGGGCAGCCCCAGCCUGGCUCCAAAGCAACCAGACCAAGCAGCUGACGACCAUGUUAAGAUCAAAAUUACUAAGUAUAAGACGGGCAGCAGCCCUGAUGGGGAGGUCAAAGUUCAGGAGAUGGGCGAAGGAGACCCCCAGUGGCAGCACAUAAAGGACGUGGUUAAAGAACAGCUAGAGAGAGCAGGACUGAAGGCAGAAGGUAAAAUUGAGGUCAAGAUCUUAACACGAAAAAAUGCAGAGGAGGCAGGUGAUCAGUGGUUGACUGAAGAAGAUACAAAGUCCUUCAGGGAGCUCCUCAUAAAUCUCUUGACUGGCGGCACAGAAGAGGUUUACAAAGAGCAAAAGAGGCAGCAGGAGUUGGAGAACAACUAUAGGUUUGUUUGGGCAGAGUCCCAGGAGGAGUCCCAGUCAUCCAGCACCUCUGACUCAGAAGAUGUGGACAUGUGAGCUUAUUCAGGGCCCUGUUGUCGCGGUGAACUCCUGUGGAGGGAGCCCCAAUCAAUAAAUUACUUCAAUUAAACCUGGUAGAGGAUAUCUACUCUCGUGUUUGCACAUUAAGAAAAUGUGUCUGUCUUGAAUAGGCAAUGUGUGUCUGCACCGUUUAGAUGCUCCACUAUGACGCAGCAACAUCUCAUCCGCACUGUGCAGUUGAAUAAAGUUAUGCAUUUUCCCCCUUUUUGAUGGGAUUCAGUUUUGAAAGACGGUACUUCCUUGUGUGCGACAUCAACUGAAUAUAAUAUCUAGUUCUGACGUUAUCAGCGGCACACGGUGUCCCUAGUUAAAUUAUAAUUUGCAUUUGUGUUAUAUGUAUAUGACAAAGAAGUCCUUAAAUGUAAAAGUAAGCAGAGGGGGAUUGUGCAUGCAUCAAAAAACGGAAAUACUGUUUGCACAGGUUGUUCAAAAUAAUGAUUGUAUCUGGAUAUGAAAGACCAAGGACAAAUACUUUUUCAAGGUCCCAUUUUAGUUCCCAGUUUCCUAUGAAACUGUAUUUGCUGCAUUCGGUGAUUAGAUUAUUUUCACAUACAAAAAAUGGUCAAAGUAGUUUAGAAAUAUACAUUUUAAGUUCAUGUUUAAUUUACCCUUAAUGUAGCAAAGGAAAAGAAAAGCUGUUAUGUCAUCUAAAUGAUGAAUCCACUCAACUUUUUUAAGGAUUCUUAAGAGUGCUGGCUUUGUAUUAUUUGUGAAUAAUUGUGACUACUUUGAACUCAACUUGUACAUACUUCUUGGGUAAAUGUGUUUUUUCAAAUGAUUUGAUGUAUAUUAACACAAAGUUAGACUUGAGACCCGAAUAAAUGCAAUCGCUUUUGGUUAUAAGCUUGUAACCAGUGGCUGGAGAUCAGAUUUUAUAUAUUGGCCUACUGGAUUUGACUUCUCAAAGAUUGCUCCUUGUACCUUUUAAAGGGUCUUAUCUGAUCUUGGACCUGUAUCAUAAUGCGAUGGAAAACCAAAAGUUAACAAGGCCAGUUUAUAACCAGACACCUUUUAUCUAGAAUAAAAUACAAAAUAAUGUAUGUGGAAAAAUAAAAAACGCUUGUUACGUAA